AUGGAGGGUCUUAUCAAUGGCGACACCGCCUGGAUGGCGACGUCCUGCGCUCUGGUCCUCUUUAUGACACCAGGACUAGCCUUCUUCUAUGGAGGCUUAGUGCGAGACAACAACAUUGUGAACACAAUGAUGAUGUCAAUCAUUUCCAUGGGGCUCACGACCAUCACUUGGUUGGUAUUCGGCUUUAGCUGGUCCUUCGAUGAGUGGGGUGUGGGCAAGGGCUUCACAUAUGUGGGCUUCCGGAACCUGGACAUGGUGUGGCCCGGCACCACCAUGCCCGGCCUGACGUUUGCUGUCUUUCAGAUGACGUUUGCCAUCAUUGCAGCGGCCAUUAUCUCCGGAGCGGUGGUCGAGCGCAUCCGAUUUUCGGCCUAUGCGAUCUUCAUCGUUGCCUGGGUCCUGGCCGUUUACGUGCCGCUGUGCCACUGGAUCUGGGGUGGCGGAUGGAUCGCUGAAAUGGGCACCAAGGACUUUGCCGGCGGCACGGUGGUCCACAUCAGUUCCGGCACCUCGGCCUACGCACUGGCAUCGCUGCUGGGUGCGCGCAAGCACCGGGCAGAGAGCUUCCCGGCGAACCUGCCGUUCGUGAUCCUGGGCGGCGGAAUUUUGUGGCUCGGGUGGACCGGCUUCAACGGCGGCUCUGCCUUCGCGGCCAACGGCGACUGUGGCUUGGCCAUUGCCACCACCUACAUCGCAGCAGCGGCCGCCAUGGUGAUGUGGAUCACCGUGGAGCGCAUUCUGGACGGCGCCCCCACCUCGAUCGGCGCCAUGUCGGGUGCGGUAGCGGGAUUGGUGAACAUUACUCCCUGCGCCGGUUUCGUGGAGCCUUUGGGUGCUUUGGGCGUCGGCGCCAUCGGAGCCCUCUGCUGUGUCUUUGCCGCUCGUGGGCUGAAGAAGCUGAACCUCGUGGACGACUCUUUGGAUUGUUUCUCGCUUCAUGGCGUGGGAGGUUUCGCAGGGUCCAUUCUUGGCGGCUUCUUCGACACAGGUGAUGGCCUCAUCUACGGGGGCGACGGGCUGCUGCUGGUAAAGAACCUGGCUGGCGCUGCCUUCGGCGUGGUCUACUCUGCCGCUGUCACGGCGGUGAUUUUCGGCUUGAUGCGCAUUGUCAUGCGAAUGAGGGUGUCGGAGGAGCAGGAGCUUGAAGGCGUCGAUAUCAACUGCCACUCCGAGGCUGCCUACGGCAAGACCGAGGGCUUCGGCGAGCACUCGAAUCGCUGUGAGCCCGAGACCGCGGAGACCGCCCCGACCCUGCUGACCGUCCCAUCACCCCGGCCUCCGCAGAGAAGCCCACGGAAGUCCAGGUCUGAGCAGGCCUCCUCCGCAAAGCCCACGGAGGUCUGA